AUUUUAACCAAUCACGUUGAAGGUCAAGCUGUGACAACCAAAAUGGCGAAGCUUCUGAAAGCUAUCGCCGAUGGCCUCGUCAAACAAGUUAAGAUACCUGUCCAAGGUAUCCAAAUGCUUGGGAAAACGGUUCAGGCCAAUGGUGGAUUCUUUAAUGGCGGAUUGACAAGGACGGUUGUUCAGCUGUACAGAAUGGACAACGUCAAGUAUGGCUUCUUUGUUGGUGAAGACAAAUAUGGCAACAAGUACUGGCAGAAUGAUUUUUACUUCUUUGGUUCUAACCGUUGGGUGGAGUACAGUCCACAGGUGGGGAUGAGGAUAGAUGCAUCCCAGAUUCCAGCAGAAUGGCACAGGUGGCUCCACUAUGUGACAGAUAUUCCACCAAGUGAAGAGCCACCAGUACAACACCGCUGGAUGGCAGAUCACGAACAGAAUCCAACUGGAACUGGCUCACGAUAUAUACCCUAUAGCACCACCAGAGAAAAAAUAGAACCUUGGGAUCCUACCCAAUCAAAGAAACAACUAGAAAGCAAACGAUAGACUCAUUCGAAAUAAGAAAAAAUACAAAACUUAAGCUCUGACACUUGGAGUCUCGUAUUUUGUUGAACUCUGCAUUGUUUGUGAUAAUGUUUUCUUUUAGUUGCACACUUGCUUGUUUACAAAAUGGAGCAAUGGAAGGUGUAUUUCUCAUGCUCCACGAGAAAUGGGAAAAAAAAUAAUAAGACUGCAUGUUUUCAGACAUGAAAUAAAUUAAUUUAUAAAGA